GUUGUCCGCCGGAGUAGACAGACCCCAGAGCCCGCGAGUCCCGGCCUCAUGUCGAGCGUGUGUCCCCGAAAGAUGCGAGACUUUUCCGCCAGAGACAUUUGAGAAGCCGAAAAGCAGUGCACGUGCCUGUGGAAAGUGAAAACCCAACAGCAAUAAAGGCAGCCGCAAAUCAAACUGAAAUUCUCCUGCGAAUGCCACAACCAGGACCAGGACCAGGACCACCGGCAACUCGUGGGUGUUUCAAAUUGUGUGUGAUUCAAAUUUUGUGCUCACUCGUACCUGCCCCUUGCCGCCCUUGCCGCACUUGCCGCACUUGAUGGCUUUGACAUUGGCGCCACAUUUGCAUCUAGCCGUGGGGCAGGUGUAAAUAUUCAUUCCUCCCGCUGCGAAGAGUGGUUGCUGCUUCUGCCACUGCUGCUGCUUUUAGCAUAAUUAAGGAAGAGGAAAAACUUGGCCAGAGCCUUGAAACUUUUAAGAGAUCGGUGCAGUCAAAGGCAGCAGCUUUAAAGGCAGGACUGGAGUGGAGUGUACUGCUGCCAGUGGACGUGAACGGCAAGAAUGCUGGCCCCGGUCCAGGUCCGAUUUCGACUGCGACUCCGAAUCGAGUGCUCCUCUGAUCCCCGCCGACGCUGAGCGAUGAGGGAGCGGCAAGCAUGUCCUUGUCUGAACGCAACACGCCCAGCCAUGGGGCUGGAGCAGGAUCGGGAUCGGCAGCGGGCCGCCAACGGGCGCCGCCGGAUGUGGAGGAGGCCCUCUCCUCCAUGCUGUGGACCCCAUACGAGCGCACGCCCAUGCCCAGCUCCUCGGAGGGCGAGGAGGAGGGCGAGGAGGACGAUGACGAGCGCCUCAACCGGAAGCUGCACAAAUCGCACAGCAGCUACGAGGCCUCGGCGCUGAACCAGCCUCCCAUCUACCCACAUGCCCACUCCUCCCACCUCCACCCCAUCUACGCGCACCAGCCACCAGCAGUUGAGCCGGUGCCCCUGCUAUUGCCACUGCCACUGCAACUGCCACUGCCGCUACCCCCCGUGCCUUCCUUUCCCAACUUUAGUUUAAGCGCAUUCGAUGCGGCCAUCGCCGGCUUCGACCUGGACAAAGCCGGACAGUCGGCAACCGCAGAGGGGAGUGGUGCAGGCGGAGGCAGAGGCGGCAGACGGAACCGAUACUCGUACCCCUCUUACUACGGCAGCCCGGCCCACACUCUGACCCAAUGGUGUUCCUCGGCGGCAACGGCCAUCCAGGAGCCGCCCUCCUACGAGUCGCUCUACUCAGCCCAGGGCUCGACCUCCCUCCUGGCCAUGUCGAGCGUGGCUCGUCCCAGGAGCGGAUCCCAGCCGGAGACCGAACCAUGUGAUAGAUCGCAACGAUCGCCAAAGAAAGCAGCGGCAGCCGCGGCUGCUCCACUAACGGCAAAUGUUCCCGCUGAGCGUCUAAUGCGCUCCUUCACGGACGACUACAUAUCGCAGAAUUGCGCUUCAUUCACGCCAGCAAUAAAGCAAAGCAGCAACAAAAGAGACACUGAAUUAACAAAAGCAACGGAAAUAAGGCAAAGACAAAAACAAAGUCCAGCAACGAAUGCAAGAUCACAACAAAGCCGAGAAAAGACAAGCAGCAGCAGCAUCGACAAAAGCAACAACAACAACGACAGCGACUGCAGCAGCAGCAGCGGCGGAGCGAAUUGCAUUAUCAAUGAACAGAGAAGAGGCAAAGCUGACGAUGAGCACGAAAUGGCAAAAGCAGCAGCACCAACAACAACAACAACGGGAAUAGAGGAAACCAACUCGAGAGCAGGCCGCCAGGUCACUCAACCUGUUUCCUGUGCCACUGCAACCGGAGAGAGAGAGCAGCUCGAGCGGAGAGAGCCAGAGAGAGCCAGGGAGAGCGACAGCAACAGCCACAGCCACGAACGUUCCGCAAUCAACAAUGAGCGCCCAACGAUCACUCGCUCGACAAAAUUCAACGCGUUCACAACAACCGGCAGCAGCAGCAGCAGCGGCACAAGCAACUAUUCAUUGUCGUCGGCGUCGUACAAAAACAGCAGCGACGGCAGCGUGCUGCGGCCCAACAAAUGUUUGGCAGAACUCGAACGUCUGUACGCCGAAUUUCGCGCGAGUGAAAGUCGAUUUGAGCGGGGAGUGAGACGUCAGUCGGAUUUUGAUAACGCAAACGUCGAGAUGCGUUUAAAUGUGCCAGCCAAUGCAGUGGCAACGCCGCAAACUGCAGCAGCAAAUGCGAAUACGAAUCCGAAUGCUGGUGGCAGCAGCAGCAGCAGUAGCGUGUUCCUUAAUGCUCCUACUAGCAGCAGCAACAACAAUCACAUCGAAAGUCCUGUAGAGCAGAGCGUUAGCACCAUUGCUGUGCUGUCAGCGUCUACGGCGACUGCAACUGCGACUGCAAGGUCCUGCCAGCGUCAGCCGAGUCUCACGAUUCAAGUCAACAACAACAAUAAUAAUAAUAAUAAUAACGGUACUAACAGCAGUCGCGUCUCGGUCGCGUCGUCGUCAUCGCCCACGUCGAGCAUUGUCAACAACAAUAACGGUGUUUGUGUGGUGGAGAUAAAUAAUAGUGUGCCAGCAGCAGCAAACGCCGCAACAGCAGCAGCAGCUGCAAAAGUGUUUAGUGCAACAAGUGUCCAAAAUCAGCUAAAUAAUAAUACAUGUCCCACUGUGGAUAAGCAGCAUGUUGCAACGCCACAAGCGGCGGCAGCUGCCAGCAGCAGCAGCAGCAGCAGCAACAGCAACAAUCACGUGAAUGAUAACAGUGUUAAUAUAAUCAAUGUGAAUGCCACCACCGUUGCCACCGCCCCACGCACUUUCACCUCCACCGAAUGCCAAACGGAUGACCUCGCUGCCUCCCCCUCGUCCCAGCAGCAGCAGCAGCAACAGCAGCAGAUGCGCACACGGGAGCAGCGACGUCGGGAAAGACGGGAACGGCGGCAGCAGCAGCAACAGCAGCAGCAGUUUCCCCCGCAUCACCCGAGACGCCACCAUGCACCGCCACCACCACCGCCUCCGCAGCUGCACCCGCCCCCGCAUCUGCACCACCCACAUCCCGCGGCCAUGGGCCUAGCGCGUGCCCUUCUCCCGGACAUCCUACACCCGCACUACCCACCGCCCUAUAGCGCCCUGCCCGUGCCCGUGCCCAUCACAGUGGUGCCUCCCCCCUCGCAGCAGCCACCGCCACAGCAACCGCCACCCCCGCCGCCGCUGCCACCAUCCGUGCCACCUGCAAUGCUGACAUCCGUGAUAUCUACGGUGCCCCUCCCCGGACCGGGUCCAGCGGGUCCACCCCUCAUGAGCGACGGACGCUUCACGCUGCCGCUGCCCAUCAUGCGCAGAUCCCCCUCGGAGCGCUCAGGGAAGGGAUGUUGCGGCCAGUGGUUCGCAGGACCUCCGCUGCGUGCUCUCAUCGCCGUCGUGGCCCUGGGCGGCGUGGCCUGCGCCCUGGGCGGUGCGGCCCUCGGUGCCACGGGUCUGGCAGGUCCCCCCAAUUCGCACCUCACCGCCGCCCUCCUAAUGAUUGGAGUUGGCGUUGUGCUGGUGACGGUGAGUGGUGCCGCCUGGCGGAUGACUGCGCCUGGCGGUCAGAGCUGCCUGGGCUUGGGCCUGGGCACCAGCGUGGAUUUGGGCCGCUGCGGACGACGACCGUGCAGCCGCGGAGGCGGGGCGCCGCACGGCCUGCUCUACCCCGAGUUCCAGCACCGACCACCGCCGCCCUCCUACCAGGCCAGCAUGCAGGAGUACCGUCUGAGACUUUUGCUGUUGGACCGCGAUCGCCAGAACGGGGUGGUGCGUGGAAACUCGCCGCCGCCCACUUAUCGAUCUCAUGCGGGCAGCCUGCUGAGGGCCCCACUGACCACACUUCGUUCCGGAAUGGGUGUAGGAGGCGGCGGCGGCGGCGCUGGCGGCACCAUCAGCAGCAGCAUGGGCGGAUCCGAGUACAGCCUGCCGCCCAGCUACCGGUCGCGCAACGCCACCCCCGCCAGCUUCGUGUGCGGCGAGCGGAGCAUUGAGACAGCGCCUUCGGGUAGGCUGCUGGCCAACGAGGACCUCCAUCUACCGGAGCCGUCGCUGGCCGAGCAACUGACGAACUACACGGCGCUGCAGUCGAACACGUUGCUCACCUCGGCCAUUGUGGAAAUAGAGCGGGAUGCCAGUGCCACACCGCCAUCCCCACCAACAACAGCGAAAGCCACAUCCACAGCAACGAAGGGCAAGGAUCUGGUGACCAUUGUGACCAUAUCGCAGGCAGACAGCGACAGCCCCCAUCUGCACACCCAGAGGCAUUCAGCUGGAAAGACGACGCACAGCCAAACCCAGACCCAGACCCAGACCCAUACCCAAUCACCUGGCCAGGCCAGUGCACUCGAUCAGAUCGAUAUAUUGGCGCAUCUGUAACCGAACGAAUCGGUGUCCUCGGUCCCGACAGAAGUGGAUUAGUUAGUUUCGUUCGAUUCAACUCGUUCGUUCACUCGUGUUAACCCAAAGGUAUUUAUUUGUACGGAACUAUGGCUCUGCUCCUAAAUGAAUAAUGUAAUUCGUACUUGCUAAUCUGUAACUGUAACUGUAACUGUAAUCCGUAUUCUGUAACUGUACUUUGUAAGCGGCAUUUAGCUGGUAAGAUGUUUGUUGUACUUGAAUGUGUUGAAUUUAUUUUUGUAAGCAUAAGGAAAUGCGCAGCGUAGGUAUUACGAAUUCUAGAUACAUGCAAUUAUACAUACAUACAUAUACCCAUUGAAAGAAAGUAUUAACAUAUUCCAAAAAAAAAACAAAGAAAACCGAAAGAAAAUGUUAAAAAAAAAAAUUACACAUCUGUAGAAGAGACUUCGGCUAGGAGCGAAGCAAACGUACACUUUACAGCGGAUAAUCGGAUAUUACCAGAUUUUUGUAUACUAUAUCCAAGUGUCCCAAAGUUAAUUGAUGUGUUUGAUAUGUUAUGUACCCCCUCCCACCCUGUAAAGUGUAAGGAGAACUCAACCCACUAUCGAACUGUAAAUACGAGAUUUCGAGUGCAUUUGUAGCAUGUGUUAGGCGUAGGCCACACUCAUCCCACUCCCCCUUACACCCACUCCAGUAAACUAUUAAACAAAGAGAUAAUAUAUAUAUAUAUAUAGAUGUACAAUGUAUGUAUCUACUGGAUAUAUGCGGCCAGUGCAUAUAUCUGUGUAAAUUCGCAACGGAACGCUACGGUGACAAAAAAAUUUGGCGCGCAUUUUCGGAAAACACGAAUAUCCAACUGAAUACUGAACACUUCGAUUCGAUCUGAUUUCGAUUUCUGAACAAUUCGCGUUUCAAACAAAUAGUAGGUAGAGCUACCCCAUAAUGAUAUGUUAAAUUACGACUAAAUUGUAGCUGCUGUGCUAUUUGUGGACUGCGUGGGUGUGUCCUGCCGGGCCCCUGUCAAACAUCCCGACACAUCCUGCACGAGUACAAUUCACACGCUACACGCCACACACUACACACCACACACAACACACACUAACUUAAAGUCCUUUCUGUAAUGUGCGGGGCGAAGUAAACUAAACAUGUAAUAAAAGAACCCAACAAAUCGUUGAAAAAUGCCACAAAAACCUCAAAUUGUUUUUCUUU